AUGGAGGGAUUCAAAGGUGGCCGCCCAGGCCUCCCGGAGAAGCCAGUCCCUGCGGCCGCCAGCCCCACUCUGUCCUCGCUGGGCGCCGUCUUCAUCCUCCUGAAAUCCGCGCUGGGGGCUGGCCUGCUCAACUUCCCCUGGGCCUUCUACAAGGCGGGUGGGGUGGCCCCUGCCUUGCUGGUGGAGCUGGUCUCCUUGGUCUUCCUCAUCAGUGGGCUGGUCAUCCUGGGCUAUGCUGCCUCCGUCAGCGGCCAGGCCACCUACCAGGGUGUGGUUGGAGAGCUGUGCGGCCCCGCCGUCGGGAAGCUGUGUGAGGCCUGCUUCAUCGUCAACCUGCUCAUGAUCUCCGUGGCCUUCCUCAGGGUGAUUGGGGACCAGCUGGAGAAGCUGUGUGACUUCCUGCUGCCCAGCGUCCCGCCGGCCCUGCAGCCCUGGUAUGCCGACCAGCGCUUCACCCUGCCCCUGCUCUCCGCACUGGUCAUCCUGCCCCUGUCCGUCCCGCGGGAGAUCGGUUUCCAGAAAUACACGAGCAUCCUAGGCACCCUGGCCGCCUGCUACCUGGCCCUGGUCAUCGUGGUCCAGUACUACGUCGGGCCCCAAGGCCUCGUUCAGGAGACCCGCCCUGCAUUGAGAGCCUCCUCCUGGACCUCCGUCUUUAGUGUCUUCCCGACCAUCUGCUUUGGAUUCCAGUGUCACGAAGCCGCAGUGUCCAUCUACCGCAGCAUGCGCAACCAGAGCCUCUCCCACUGGGCCCUGGUCUCCGUGCUGGCCCUGCUGGCCUGCUGCCUCAUCUACUCGCUGACAGGGGUUUAUGGCUUCCUGACCUUCGGGACAGAAGUUUCUGCCGACAUCUUGAUGUCCUACCCAGGCAACGAUGUGGUCAUUAUUGUGGCCCGGGCUCUCUUCGGGGUCUCCAUCGUGACCGUCUACCCCAUCGUGCUCUUCCUGGGGAGGUCGGUGAUGCAGGAUUUCUGGAGGAGGAGCUGCUGCCGGGCAGGUGGGCGCGGGGCCCUGGCGGAGCCCUCGGGGCCAUGGGUCCGGGGGCUGCUGACCGUGCUGUGGGUGGCCGUGACGCUGGCCAUGGUCCUGUUCCUGCCCGACCUCAGCGACAUCAUCGGCAUCAUUGGGGGCAUCAGUUCCUUCUUCAUCUUCAUCUUCCCAGGCCUGUGUCUCGUCUGUGCCAUCAGCGUUGAACCCAUGGCUCCACACGUCAAGUGCUGCUUGGAGGCGUGGGGAGUGCUCUCCGUGCUCGUGGGCACCUUCAUCUUCGGGCAGAGCACGGUGGCUGCAGCCUUGGAGCUCUUCUGAGCGGGAGGGGGUCGGCCCGGGUGCUGCCGCCCACGUCCCGCUGUGAGACCUGUCCUUCCAUCAUAAAGAUCCACAGAAACAGAUCCGUCCAGCCUUCUGAGGCUGCUCAUUUGGGCUUCUGUGGGUUCCGAGGGUUUUGGUGCCGUGCUGAGGAGGGUGUUUCGGCGUUCUGGGG